GACGCAGGGACUACAGGUAAGAUUUUUAACAAACUGUCGUUAUCAUAAACAAGAUGUGAGGCGAUUCGUGCACCACAGAGUAAGCAUCUGCAAAAAGAUGAUGCUGGACACUAUUUCCUUCGUUAUAUUUUUAACUGCAUGCUACCUUUCUUAUGCAGAGCAGGUCUUUAGAAACUUUUCGUGUGUCACAAACAACUGGAACAUCAAUUUAACUUGCGAUUGGACGGAACCUACGGGCUAUGGCAGUGGUCUUACAACGUCUAUCACCUGGACAUUUGGAAACCAAAAACCAUCAAAUUGUCCAAGCAGCACCAGAUCAUCAUGUACUUGGGGUUUGGGCGGAAACGGUCAGAGCUAUGACAUUGAUCCGGACAGACACAUUUCAAUAUGCCUUCAGCUUAUAACUCACAACGGUGUUAACGUGUCGAGAGAGGAGUGUCAUGGUAUUGAUAUUGCUAAUGAAGUAAAGCCAGCUGCAGUGAGCUCCAUAAAAGCCGUCUCAACGUCACCUUUAUGUCUGGAUAUUACCUGGGCUCACGAAAACACCCUUGAUGAGAAAACAUUCACCCUACAGUUAUCAUCGGACCGAAACAAUGUCACCUACGAAAUCAAUUCAACGGAAGAUCCAUCAUCUGGUUAUUACUACCACGUUUGUAAUUUGACAUAUAAUACCAACUACACCAUAUCUGUGAAGACGAGACCUCUUAACUAUGACGGACUCCCUACAGGCUAUUGGAGCAUACUGAGCACCACCCACAAAGUAACGCCUAAGAGUGUUCCAUCGAGACCACCUGAACUUUUACCCGGUGCAUAUACAUUUGGUCCGGUUAAUAUUAGAGGGUAUAGGACAACCACCGUCUACUGGUCGGCUCUUCCUCGGUAUUCCUGGAAUGGUGAGAAUUCUUCCUAUGUCAUAAGAGUGAGUCCCAUGAAGCCUUGUAGACAACAAACAUUGCAUUUACAACAAGUGGAGGCUUUUUGCAAAUUCAAAAUCCUCUCCAAUUGUUCCUAUCACAUAUUUGUAUGGUCAAAAAAUGAAAUCGGCCGGUCUGGUGAAUCAAGCAAGAUGCAUAUAGAGGAUAAAGGAUUAAAUCUGCCUCAAGACAUUUUCAUAAACGCGAAAAUAUAUUCCGAGGAAGUUGAAAUAUCAUGGAAACCACAUGCUAUGGCGAAUUUGAUGACAGUUUAUUGGUGCGAAGUGAAUCCAGCACGGUCGUGUAGUAGUGGGUUUUAUCACAAAACUGUAAGCAGCAGGCACAACAGCACGUCUGUCUAUCUGAAAGGAUUUUCCGAGGAAGCAUACAUUUUUGGAGUGUCCGCAGAAAGUAAACAACAUGGGAAGAUCGUCAGCAGCGGAUUCCAGUGGACGGACUGUUCAACGAUUCUCCCUCGUGUCUUCCGAUCACCAAGAAUACACUUUCGCGGUUUCCCGAAGGAGGAAAUGGUGGCAGUUUCAUGGGCCUAUUCCUACUGCAAUAAUUUGAUUUUAAAGGAACUUCGUCACAGGACAAAUUACCAAGUCAAAAUCAGCACAUCUACCCAACGUUAUAACCAAUUACUCAAGGGAAAUGCCAGCUUCGUCAAUCUCUACAACAUCCCUUCCGGUGUAGAGGUCUGUGUUUCCAUUACAGCAAGACUCAACCAUUCAUCCCAACUGGCUAGUCCAUUUACGUGCUACACACAAGGACAGGACGGAGGAUCCAAAUUCCCAGUAAAUACUAUUGCUCUUGUGUUGUGCAGCAUCAUAGGACUGUUUGCCGUCAUGCUGUUAGCUUGUAUAACUAGGAAAAUCUGCAUAUGGUGGAGACGAAAAAUCCCAAUCUAUUUACCAAAUAUAACAGGAGCAUCAGAAACGUUUAUUUAAUUAAUGGCGAGUAGUCCUCGUCAGCUACUGAAUGGGGAAGGUCAGCAUAUGAGGCAGCUAAACAUCCAGGCGUGUGACACACUCGGCAAAUGUCAACGAAUUCAAGUUGAUCAACAACGAUACAUAUAAAUGCUGAAAGGGGGGCUCAACGGCAACAAAAGACGUGCCCUUGUCCAAUUGAAUGCCAUACUUUGCAGAAAUAGAUACGUUACAGCACGGCUUCAGCAUACAUGCACACACUGUAGAAGCGGUGCUCAUGUCUUGGGUACAGACACUUACGUUCUACACACUCUGGUCAAAUAUUCCUUGAAUAUAUAUAACAUCAAUACAGAUGUUGUUUCGAUAGAUUUUUCGUAGCCGGAAGGUUGUAGAUCCCCUCUCCUUUGAUAUUAGUGUUUAUGACAUAUUAAUUCAAUGUUGUUUUGUUCCAAACGUAUUUAGUAUCUAUCGUUUUAAAUGUAUAAACGUUUAUUAUUUAUUUAUAUUUGAAGUUCCUGCAUUAUAUUUUAGAUUGUUUUUUUAACAAUGCUCAAAUUGAUCAACGCGAACGUUUAUAGUAAUUAUUAAGAUAUUGCCGUAUACAAUGUAAAAAGUUAAAUAUUUUAAAUAAACAUGUCUUGUUUUUUAAAGAUAUGAUAUUUCAUAACAGUAAUUUUUGUUUGGUUCCGUAAAGAGUAUGAACGUAAAUAAAUCAUUUUAUAAAAAGGAAACAUAUCUUGU